AUGUGGAGGGAGGUAGUAACAGUUUGCCUGGUCCUAACAGGGGUCGCCUGCUUGGACAAGCGGAAUAUCGUGGAAUAUCUGUCACACCAGACAGAAUACUCUACUCUGGUCAGUCUCGUCUCUCAGGCCGGUCUGGUUGAUACUCUUAGUAAUAUUAAAUUUGCAACAGUUUUUGCUCCGACCAAUGCUGCGUUCGCCACUGUCCCUACUGCAACAUUAGACUCCUUAAGGAACAAUACUCAGUUAUUGCGACGUGUUCUUUUGAACCACGUCACUAAUCAUUCUUUGAUCUCACCGCAACUUCAAGACAACGAGAGAUACGAUAAUUUGAUUGGUGGAAGCUUCAUCUUUAAAAAUGACGGUAAUACUAUUACUGUGAAUGGAGUCAAAAUAUCCGGAACAGAUACUAUUGUAGCUAACGGUGUAAUUCAUACUAUAGAUGGCGUUCUUCUCCCACCAGAGGGCGAUAUUGUCACCUACCUGGCCAAACAUGAUGACAAAUUUAGCGAUUUGUUCGCUGCUAUUGUUGUUGCCGGCUUAGAUGGCACAUUGAAAGGUGGAGUGUUCACACUAUUCGCUCCCAAUGAUAAAGCUUUUAAUGCUGUUAUUGGAAGUAUUCCUACUGACCAAACUAAACUAGCAGAUCUGUUAAAGUACCAUGUUGUUAGUGGAAGUGUAUUUUCAAAUGAACUAAAAGAUGGUCAGAAAGUAUCAACCCUGACUGGUCAACAACUGACAGUUUCUAUCUCAAAUAAUGGAGUAAAGAUUGGCGGUGCGACAGUCGUACAAGCUGACAUCAACACAAACAGUGGAGUCAUUCAUGAAAUAGAUGGUGUUUUAAUUCCUCCCUCCACUUCAUAA